AUGUAGAAUCUACCAUUUUGUCCAAUACAUAGCUAUUAAAUCCUAAAUUUAUUAGAAUUAAGUGAUAGUGAUGCAAGAUUAAUUUGUUGCAGUUGUCUUCUCAAUCUAAUUAAGACAAAAAAUAACUUUGAUUCUAGUAAAAUUGUAGAUCUUGUUUAAGUUAAAUUAUCUGUUAUUUCAAGGUUUAUGAGCAUCCAGAAAAUACUUUUUAAUUUACAGAUGUAAAAGAGAAGACUUCUUUAGUUCAAUUUUUACAUGAAUAAAUAGAACAAUUAUCUGUUAUAAAAUAAUAAAUUGAGGAACUAUUAAACCAAUUAUUAGAAUGGAAAUAAGAAAUAUAGUAAUAGAAAACUAGUUUUCUUAAUGUAUUUAGAUAUUCUGAUUAUAGAUCAUUAAAUAAGAUGAAUUCAAAUAAAACUUUUAAACACUUGCAAAUCAGGAGAAAAAUAUUAAGAAUGAGAUGAUAUAAUAGAUUUAAAAUAAAUUUUACAAUUAUUUUGAAUCUAUUAAGGCAAUGAAUUAAGUAGCCACAUAAAAAGAUUUGGAAAAUUUGGAAAAACUUAAUUAGAAUAUGACUCAAAAGUAUAAUAGAUUUAUUUAUAAUAGAGUUGGUAACUGUAAAAAAUUUAAAAAAAUAUUUAAAUCCAUUAACAAGCUGGAAUAAAAUUAUGAAAAANAAAUUUUAUAAAAGAAUAGCAUAAGACUAUUUAUUUAUUAUGAUAAUUAUAAAAUGAAUUAAUUAAAAACAAUUAAAUCUAUGUAGCUUCAAAAUUUUUAGAAUGAUUAAGCCUAUGAAAAAAUGAGGAAAAUAUAAAAAAAAACUUAUUUUGAGAGACAGAAAGGACAAUUAUUAGAAUUUACGUGA